AACUCGACAGCCUGUCCCAUCAAGGAGAAAUGCCCUUUUCCUAGACUCACUGGGUGUCUCAUCAUGUUUUAAUUGGGCUUUUGAAAUGAAUCUUUCUUUCUUUUUGCAGGAUCCACCUGUCAAUCCUUACAAGGGCUUGGAAACCCAGGAUGGCUACUUCUCCCACCGGCCAAAGGAGAAAAUGCGAACGGACAGCAAUAACGAGAACUCCGUCCCCAAGGACUUUGAAAAUGUCGACAACAGCAACUUUGCUCCCAGGGCGCAGAAGCAGAAGGAGCGCCAGCAGCCCGAGCUGGUGAGGAAGCCGGUGAGCAAGCGGAAGGAGCGCUUGCGGAGGAAGCUGGAGCAGAAGGAGAAGGUGAAGGAGAACUCGCUCCUGGGGAAGAGCUCGAAUGAGGUGCUCCCCUACUCCAACCCUGCCCCGAAGAGCAGCAACGGCAGCCUCCACCUGAGGGACGCCCACCGGCCCCCCAAGCAGCACCCCUCGAGGAAGGCCGGAAACGGCUCCCCUGAGCUCAGCUACGAGCAGCUGCCGAAAUGCGAGAUCUCCGGCAAGGAGGCGUUGUCGGCUCUGUCCAGGGCCAAGUCCAAGCAGUGCCACCGGGAGAUCGCCGAGGUCUACUGCCGGCACAAGCAGGAGAAGCUUAUGCCGGAGCGAGUGACUCGCUUCUGUCCCCUGGAAGGCAAGGCCAGCAACAGCGUGCACUGGGAUGAGGACUCCGUCGAGUACAUGCCAGCCAACCCGGUCAGGAUCGCCUAUGUCUUGGUGGUUCAUGGCAGAGCUUCCCGGCAGCUGACCCGCAUGUUCAAGGCCAUUUACCAUAAAGACCACUUCUAUUACAUUCACGUGGACAAGCGAUCCAGCUACCUGCACCGGCAAGUGCUCCAGUUCGCUAGCCAGUAUCCAAAUGUGAGGGUCACUUCCUGGCGCAUGGCAACCAUCUGGGGAGGAGCAAGUCUUCUGUCCACUUACCUGCAGGCUAUGCAGGACCUGAUGGCGAUGAAGGACUGGCCGUGGGACUUCUUCAUUAACCUCAGUGCUGCGGACUAUCCCAUCAGGACAAAUGACCAGCUGGUUGCAUUCCUUUCCCGAUAUCGAGACAUGAACUUCUUGAAGUCACACGGAAGAGACAAUGCAAGGUUCAUAAGAAAACAAGGACUGGAUAGACUUUUCCUGGAAUGCGAUACUCACAUGUGGCGCCUUGGGGACCGGAAAAUUCCAGAAGGAAUCACCAUAGACGGUGGUUCGGACUGGUUCCUGCUGAACCGGAAGUUUGUGGAAUAUGUCACAUUUUCAACCGAUGACCUGGUGACCAAGAUGAAGAGGUUCUACUCGUAUACUUUGCUCCCAGCUGAGUCUUUCUUCCACACCGUCCUGGAGAACAGCCCCCACUGUGACUCCAUGGUGGACAACAAUCUGCGCAUCACAAAUUGGAACCGCAAGCUGGGGUGCAAGUGCCAGUACAAGAACAUCGUGGACUGGUGUGGCUGUUCUCCAAAUGACUUCAAACCCACCGAUUUCCACCGAUUCCAACAAACCGCAAGACCAACCUUCUUUGCACGCAAGUUCGAAGCCGUGGUCAAUCAAGAAAUCAUCGGCCAGCUGGACUACUACCUGUACGGGAACUACCCCUCGGGCACUCCGGGCCUUCGGUCGUACUGGGAGAACGUCUUUGACGAGCCGGACGGCACCCACAGCCUCAGCGACGUGGCACUGACGAUGUACCACUCCUUCUCCCGCCUGGGCUUGAGGAGGGCAGAAACGUCUUUCCACGCCGAGAGCGACAACAGCUGUCGCUACUACCCCAUGGGCCAUCCUGUCUCAGUCCACCUCUACUUCCUCGCAGAUCAUUUCCAGGGGUUCCUCAUCAAGCAUCACGCCACCAAUCUGGCUGCCAGUAAGCUGGAGACCUUGGAGACCUGGGUGAUGCCCAAGAAGGUGUUUAAAAUCGCCAGUCCACCGAGCGAUUUCGGAAGACUGCAGUUCUCAGAGAUUGGAACGGAGUGGGAUGCAAAGGAAAGGAUUUUCCGAAAUUUUGGUGGACUCAUUGGACCAAUGGAUGAGCCGGUGGGCAUGCAGAAGUGGGGCAAGGGUCCCAACGUCACCGUCACGGUCAUCUGGGUGGACCCCGUGAACAUCAUCGCCGCGACAUACGACAUCCUCAUCGAAUCCACGGCAGAGUUUACUCACUACAAGCCACCUUUGAACCUGCCCCUCCGGCCUGGGGUCUGGACAGUUAAAAUCCUGCAUCACUGGGUCCCUGUGGCCGAAACCAAGUUCCUGGUCUCCCCUCUGACGUUUUCCAACAGGCAAGCACUCAGGCAAGAUGAAGCCAUGAGGUGGCACGGAGGCCCCCCGAAGAAUGCCUACCUGGAGCAGAGUUUUCAGGGUCUGAACUCCGUUCUGAACAUCCCGAUCAACGCCGCACAGGUGGAGCAGGCCAAAAGGAAUGCAGCGCUCACGGGCACCAAGCUGGAGAACUGGGUGGACAGCUUGGUCGGAGGCGUCUGGUCAGCCGUCGAUGUCUGUAGCACCGGCUCCACCGCCUGUCCCGUCAUGCAGGACUGCGGCCGAACGUCGUGGAGCUCGCUCAGCCCAGACCCCAAGUCCGAGCUGGGCCCCGUCAAACCUGACGGCCGCUUGAGGUAGCACUCGGGAUGCCCCUUCGUUGGCUUUAAAAGGGAAUUGGACUGUGCGCUCUUGUGUCUCGUGUGGGGUGUCCGUCCGCACUUUCAGAAUCAAAAGCGUCUUGUCAGUGGGCUCACUGCCGCGCUUCCUUCAAGAGAAUGUUCCCGUUGUUGUUUGUGAAGGUCCCGGGAAUGGCCUGGGCAACCCCCAGCUGCCGCAUCGUUUCAAAGGUGUUGGAUGGGGCAAGAAGGGGAAACAGGUAGGAAGAGUCCAGCACACAGGUAGCACUGGAAGGAGUGGCGUUGCUGGGAGAAGCAGAGUGUGGAGGCCAGGCCCAGAUGCUGAAGUCGCCAUCACUUUCCGAAAAGUCCUCGUACAAAUCUAAAGCGAGCACGGAUGUCGUCAUGACGCCGGGCCGAGCUUUCAGUAGAAGUAUCUGGAUCUUCCCCUUUUCUGCUCCUUCCACACACACACACAGAGUUUUGGUUUUAGUUCUAUCUCACCCUGCUAAUCUUUACAGGGAUUUCAAUAUUUGACCUUCCAGAUUGCAAAGCAGUGAGAGAGGACUUUUCCCUCUAGCUGACACCUACAAUCCUAAACAGACAUGCUAAGAAACUGGGCCCCAUUGGACAUUGUAGGACUUACUUCUGAGUAAACAUAUAGUGGCGUCACACUAAAAGUGACCUUUCACACCUCAGAGACCAGUCAGUACCUUUAUUCCAGUCUGAGCUUCCUUAGGUAGCAGCCAAUGUUUUCUCAGUUGCUUCAUGUGGACUCACAAGAUGCUAACUAAGAGAGGGACGUGGGAUGCAGGAAAUUUAGGUACCCCUCUGCAGAUACAGACACCCAGCUUGGUAUCUGUGACUGCCUAUCACAUGCUUGCUAAAAUAAAUUGUCCAUUAAGGUGACAAGUCACACAGAUGUCGUUAGGACCAUGCCUUCCACAGCGGCAGUACAAACUGCAGAGUCCAGUUGUUAGCAUGAAUCUAGGGACUCCAGCUCGCGCGCGUGUUCGCGUACACACACACACACACACACACACACACACACUUCUGUUGGAGGAUCCACUGAGUUGGGCCCCAACUGUAAGGACAACUCUUGCCCCAUGACGGUGGUGCUUCUCAAUAGGUCGAACGUAGCCCAACUCCGGGUACACGCAGUUCCCCCCCAAAGCAAGGCCCAGAGGGAAGUGAUCCGCGCUGCUGCCCAGGUUGGCAGGGGGGACCAACAGCUCCUCCUCCAUUCGUGCCCCUCCCGGCUCCCCCCCCCCCAGCCUUUUGUUCUCCUGCCGCAGCUCUCCACCAAGAUGGAAGUGGCUGUGUGGGAAAGUGCUAGCCUGGCUUGACAGGGAAGGUUACGGGAGCAAACGCUCAUCUCCCACCUGCCCCUGCUCAAUUUUCGGAUUGCUGGGGGAGAGAGGCACCUGCCCCGCUAGCUUUUGUCAUGCCCUCACUUAGCCGCAUCUCCGGGAAAAGCCCAGGGGAGCCCUUGCGUUGACAGGCUGGAGAUGCCCAGUUUGAUCUCUGGCUAGGUAGGAAUGGACUGACUUGCUCUAAAACAUCUUCUUCUGUGGCUUGGCUAAAUGUAGGAGGAUAGGAGGGAAGCGAAAUUCAUUGCUCCUCUCAGGUAACCCUGUUAUGCAUUAUGGAGUGUUAUGCAUCGAACGUUAGCAGUCUCCCUCCUUCCGCACCAGCCGGCUCCUUCAGCUGCUGACCCAUUCCUAACACACAAACAUUUGCCACCAUCGCAUUAGCUUAGCCCCAAAAAGCCCUUGCAAAUCUGGAAGGUCAAGACUGGCUCGUUUACAGAAGGGGAAUCAGGAGCACCCUGACACCCACCGAUGGGUCUGAUCUUGACUUUUUAGCAGUCUGUGAAUCCUGCUUCCCAUUUGGGAGGUGGUCGUUGGAAGCUAGGACCUCAAAGGAAUGAAAAAGCAUCAAUUCCGUUAACAUUUCAUUUGCAUCCCCUCCCCUUUCACAGAAUCAUCCUAAUUAGAUUCCUGGGCCUACAUUGUGUGUUGUGUCGUUUUCCUUCCUUCGGGCCUUCAGUUUGAAUCCCAAGUCUUGGCAAAGCACCAAACAUCAAAGCACUCGGGCGGAUGCUGUACGAAAUGGCCCAUUCAGUUUCAUAGAAAGGUUUCUCUUCUCCCCUUGCCAGUAUUUUGGGCCCACGGCAAACUUUCAAAGCUCAUUCCGUGAGCCAUUGGCCCAUGUGCCAGAAGGGCCAACAGCAUAACCGGGUUAACAAGGAACAGUUGAAUUCCCUUUUAAAACAACCGCUCGCUCGUUUAUUUCUCACCAUCCCGUUCGGUUAAAGCUACCCCAGUUUGCUUUGGACUUCCGGGAAUGUGCGGGCAAGGAAGGCAGGGCAUUCGAAGCUUCGCUGGCACAAACGGGGGCAGGAAGAGGUGAGGUAUUUAUUUGUGUUUUAGUCAGUGACUAAUUAGUAGGUGCUGCUUCUGCAGCUUGGAAAUUAUCUUUUCUUACUAACUAAACUGCCUUUAUUAAGAAAAGGUCUUUCUUAAGAACACCCCCCACACAGGCCAAAUUCCUUUCCUCGCUUUCCUUUUUUCCCUGCUUUCCUGCUUUCCAUUCUCGCAAAGAGUUCUGAUUUGCGGGGGCUGCAGGGGGGGAGGAGGGGAUGAGUAUAGCAGUGGCUUGCCACCGUGGGUCCACAGAUGCCUCUGGACUACAGUUCCCAUCACCCCCAGCCAACAUGGCCCAUGGGGUGGGAGUUGUCCUCCAGCAGCACCUGGGGACUCUGGGUGGGUUCAUUCCAGCUUCUUUACAGUUCGGGGCUGCCGCUGAUGCCUCACGGACCUCUCUUGACCUGGGCGGGGGAGGCUGAGGUCCCUCAGCCAUGGUUGGAGUCCAGGCCCUGCCCUGUCCCGACAGGUGCGGCGAUCCAAAGCGCUCUCCUCCAGCUUCACCUGGGGAGCCGCAGGUCUUGCUUCACCCUCCGCCACCCCGAUUUAAAGGAGCAGAGGUCUGACAUGCAUCUGCUCACCCGUCCACCACCGCCUCCUUUCUGCUCGCUCGGCUCCUUACACGCCGUCUUCAGCAGCCCAGCUUGCAUCUGAGGGCGACCUGCGACGGGCUGCAGAGAGGCUCGGCAUGCGGGUCAUUCAGGUCUCUUGCCCGCCCUACAAGGGCACAACCAUGGACUAGUACAGAAUUCCACUUAGCUGAGCCCUCCGGGUGUGUUGGACUACAGCUCCCAUCAUCCCCAGCCAUCAAGCCAGAUGGCGCCGGGUUGGGAAGGCUGGAUCAGUGUCUCCCAGGUGACCACAGGAGUAAGUCCAUAGUGCCCCGAAGAGCCACAUCCGCCUCUCUUCCCCGGCUGGCUCUGGUGGCUUCAGAGUUGGGCGUCACACCAACCUUCUGCGCUCGGUUCUGAAGCAACCGUGAUGGCGAUCGGCCCCCAGGCCGCCUCGCUUUCGGCAUAACCCUGGCCGCUUUCCUUUCCUGAGAAAUCCUGUUUUCAUCCCCUCCUUUUGGUUUGCUUUCGUUUUAAUUGCUUCUGCCUUAGUUACCUUCUUUUGCUCAAAGGUGCUACCAAAGGUGCUACCUCACUAAGACUUGCAAAUGCGUUUACCUGAUGAAAAGAAAACAAGAACAGGGAGGAAGAAAGAAUUACCUUCUCUGACCUGAAUGUACAAUCUAUGCAAAUCCUCUCUCUCUCUCUCUCUCUCUCUCUAAAACUCUCUGUCUCUCUCUGUCUCUCUCUC